AUGAUCCGGAAGGUCGUAAAAACCAAGAAGGCCGAACGGCAUGCAGUCGUUUCCGAAUACUUUGCUCACGUACUGGAUAUGAUCGCCAUUCAAAGGUCCCAAGGGUCAUCGAUACCCACAACUGAGAGGCAGUUGAUCUCGCUAAAGGGAAAGUUCAAGAACGUCAUUUGCAACAUCCUGCAGCGAAUUCAACACCAGAGGUCAUAG